CAGACCUACGGAAGGCGGACAGCUCCUCCCGGAGAGCGCCUGGAGAGCAGAGCCUGAGUGUGGAAAGACAGAAAGCAAAGUCAGAAGCCGCUAGGGUCUCUUUCCCAGACCCCAGAGAAGCCCCUGACUCCUGGCCUCCCUGCCUUCCUAGAGGGUAGCUUCUGUGGACAGUGGAAUUUUCCCAAGACAGGCUCCUCCCUACUGGGCUGGGAUUCUCAGUUCUACCCCAUCCUCUCCGAGCUGGGCUACCCCUGGGGCCGGGGGUCCGACGAGGAAAAAAGGGGACUCUGCCCCAGAGGGGCUGGAUUUUCAUGGAAUCCGCUGGCCUUGAGAGGAAAGUGUUCUGAGCUUGGGGGUGCUUGCACUGGAUCCCUCUCUAUUACUAUUUGUUUUCUGCCUGGCUGGCUGGACCAGUUAGCCUGGACUUUGACCCGUUUGCUCCAGAGCCCUGGCAAGGGGCAAGGGGCAAGGGGCAAGGGGCUCCUGAGGGCUUCGUGGAGUGCUAGGGCUGGCCCUUCUCCAUCUUGUUUCCUCACUUCCACCGCCCAGGGGAAGUGAGGAAACAAGUGACAUGACCAUCCGUGUAACUCUGGCGGACUGAGGAGAGGAAGGGAGGGUUAAAGGGGCAGGGAUGGAGGCCCCCCCCCUCCUGAGGUUGCCUAGACAACAUCAGAAAUCAUGGCCAGGGCCUCUUCCGCCUGCGGGGCCUCUGCUUCCUGCAUCAGUCACUCCCGCUGGGGGCGGGGCAGAGGAAGGGGUUGGAUGUGGCAGAGCCAGGCCCAGCUGGUGCGGCUCAGACUCCCCCCGCCGUCUCUGCGGCCGGAGCCAUGGCAUCCUAUUCAUCUGGUCCCGGCAAAUCCAAGGCCAAAUAUCCCUUUAAGAAGCGGGCCAGCCUGCAGGCUUCCUCUGCAGUACCAGAGGCUCGGGGUGGGCUGGGGGCCCCUCCGCUGCAGUCUGCCCGAUCCCUGCCAGGCCCUGCCCCCUGCCUCAAGCACUUCCCGCUCGACCUGCGCACGUCUAUGGAUGGCAAAUGCAAGGAGAUCGCCGAGGAGCUGUUCAGCCGCUCCCUGGCUGAGAGUGAGCUCCGGAGCGCCCCAUACGAGUUCCCGGAGGAGAGCCCCAUUGAGCAACUGGAGGAGCGGCGGCAGCGCCUGGAGCGGCAGAUCAGCCAGGAUGUCAAGCUGGAGCCGGACAUCCUGCUUCGGGCCAAGCAAGAUUUCCUGAAGACAGACAGUGACUCGGACCUCCAGCUCUACAAGGAGCAGCGUGACGGGCAGGGCGACCGGGGCCUGUGGGAGCGAGAUGUGGUGCUGGAGCGGGAAUUUCAGCGGGUCACCAUCUCUGGGGAGGAGAAGUGUGGGGUGCCGUUCACAGACCUGCUGGACGCAGCCAAGAGCGUGGUGCGGGCACUCUUCAUCCGGGAGAAGUACAUGGCCCUGUCGCUGCAGAGCUUCUGCCCCACCACCCGCCGGUACCUGCAGCAGCUGGCCGAGAAGCCCCUGGAGACACGGACCUAUGAGCAGGGCCCGGACACCCCUGUGUCCGCUGAUGCCCCAGUGCACCCCCCUGCGCUGGAGCAGCACCCGUAUGAGCACUGUGAGCCGAGCACCAUGCCGGGGGACCUGGGCUUGGGUCUGCGCAUGGUGCAGGGCGUGGUUCACGUCUACACCCGCAGGGAACCCGAUGAGCACUGCUCAGAGGUGGAGCUGCCGUACCCCGACCUGCAGGAAUUUGUGGCAGAUGUCAACGUGCUGAUGGCUCUGAUUAUCAAUGGCCCCAUAAAGUCAUUCUGUUACCGUCGGCUGCAGUACCUGAGCUCUAAGUUCCAGAUGCACGUGCUGCUCAAUGAGAUGAAGGAGCUGGCCGCCCAGAAGAAGGUGCCACACCGAGAUUUCUACAACAUCCGCAAGGUGGACACGCACAUCCAUGCCUCGUCCUGCAUGAACCAGAAGCAUCUGCUGCGCUUCAUCAAACGGGCGAUGAAGCGGCACCUGGAGGAGAUCGUGCACAUGGAGCAGGGUCGCGAGCAGACGCUGCGGGAGGUCUUCGAGAGCAUGAAUCUCACUGCCUACGACCUGAGUGUGGACACACUCGAUGUGCACGCGGACAGGAACACCUUCCAUCGCUUUGACAAGUUCAAUGCCAAAUAUAACCCUAUUGGGGAGUCUGUCCUCCGAGAGAUCUUCAUCAAGACCGACAACAGGGUUUCUGGGAAGUACUUUGCUCACAUCAUCAAGGAGGUGAUGUCGGACCUGGAAGAGAGCAAAUACCAGAAUGCGGAGCUGCGGCUCUCCAUUUACGGGCGCUCAAGGGACGAGUGGGACAAGCUGGCGCACUGGGCCGUCAUACACCGUGUACACUCUCCCAACGUGCGCUGGCUCGUGCAGGUGCCCCGCCUCUUUGACGUGUACCGUACCAAGGGCCAGCUGGCCAACUUCCAGGAGAUGCUGGAGAACAUCUUUCUGCCACUGUUCGAGGCCACCAUCCACCCUGCCAGCCACCCGGAGCUGCAUCUCUUCUUGGAGCAUGUGGAUGGCUUUGACAGCGUGGAUGAUGAGUCCAAGCCUGAGAACCACAUCUUUAACCUGGAGAGCCCCCUCCCCGAGGCCUGGGUGGAGGAGGACAACCCACCGUAUGCCUACUACUUGUACUACACCUUCGUCAACAUGGCCAUGCUGAACCACCUGCGCAGGCAGAGGGGCUUCCACACGUUUGUGCUGAGGCCACACUGUGGGGAGGCCGGGCCCAUCCACCAUCUGGUGUCGGCCUUCAUGCUGGCUGAGAACAUCUCGCAUGGGCUGCUUCUGCGCAAGGCCCCGGUCCUGCAGUACCUGUAUUACUUGGCCCAGAUUGGCAUCGCCAUGUCCCCGCUCAGCAACAACAGCCUCUUCCUCAGCUACCACCGGAACCCACUACCUGAGUACCUGUCCCGUGGCCUCAUGGUCUCACUGUCCACCGACGAUCCCCUGCAGUUCCACUUCACCAAGGAGCCACUGAUGGAGGAGUACAGCAUCGCCACCCAGGUGUGGAAGCUCAGCUCCUGCGACAUGUGCGAGCUGGCACGCAACAGUGUGCUCAUGAGUGGCUUCUCCCACAAGGUGAAGAGCCACUGGCUGGGACCCAACUAUACCAAGGAGGGCCCUGAGGGCAAUGACAUCCGCCGCACCAAUGUGCCGGACAUCCGUGUGGGCUACCGCCAUGAGACCCUGUGCCAGGAGCUGGCGCUCAUCACGCAGGCCGUGCAGAGCGAGAUGCUGGAGACUAUCCCGGAGGAGGCGGGCAUCACCAUGAGCCCGGGGCCUCAGUGAGCCCAGCCCAAACAGUGCCCCCGCGUCUUGGCACCUUGACCACGUUCUGUCCUCAGACCCCUCCCGCCCUGUUGUGGUCUCUGCAUGUGUCUGUUCUUUGUUCCGUCCUGCAUGUCUCUACCUGUAUCUGUGCCGCCCAGGAGCCGCUUUACCCUUGUCUUGGCUUGGGUGGCACCUGAUGGCCCAGGUUUGAGGUCUGCCCUGCUGGUGGACCUGUCCCAGGAUCCUCUGAAGGCUGGCUGUCCUGCGGGCAUCUGAGUGUCCACAAGAGCCAGGGAUGGUUGUGGGGGUCUGGCCCUUGGGGUCCUGGCUUGGGCAAAUUUGAGCUUUGGCUGGGGCUUGAGUUUGGGCCUCCGUCUUGCUUAUGCGGCUGAGGGGCAGUCAGGUGUGGCCUGUACACGUGUGUUGUGGGCACGGACUGCCAGGGAUCUGCGGCAGGUAGAAUUGGCUGAGUCACAGCCCUAGCUGCCUGGGCUUGGGCCCCGGAGGUGCUGGACCAGCACCUCUGCCAAGUCACGGCCCAGCAGCUUUCACCGUCCUUCCUCUGGUCCAUGUGCUCACCUGGUGUCAGCUUCCUGUGCCUCUGUGGGAGGGGGCAGCUGCCCUGUGCUGUGUCUGACGCCAUUGCAGCUGGAGGGUCCUGGAUCUGCCACCAGCCCUGAGGGCAGUAUCCCUACUAUGGUCCCCAGAGUUUUGACCAGACCUGGAUCCCACCUGGUCCCCUGUGUUGUGUUCUGGACCGAGGCCUUUGCUAUGAAUUGCGGUGUUUCCUACAAUCCCAUCUUUCCUAGUGCAUGAGAAAUAAAGAUUAUUUAAGUAA